AUGCCGUCAAUGACCGACACGCCCACGCCGCCGUCACAGUUCCUGGCGCACCUCUUUCGUAACCCACGAGAGCCUACGCGCGAGCUGGUUAAGCCGUAUGUCUCGUACGAGACCGGGCUUAGGAAAGCCUUUGCGCGCGGGGAUGCCGGGAUCGACGGCCUGGCCGGCCUCGUGCCCGUCUACAACGGCGCCGAGAAGUCGUUCAGGAUCCGCACCGUCGACCGCCAGCCCGCUACGUUGAGCAAGUACAUCAUGCCGCUGCCCGAUGACAAACGGGAGGCCAACGAUGUGCCGGCCAUCGCCGCGUCUCGGGACGAGUUCAUGAAGAAUUUCGAUGCCUUUACACACUCCAUGUUGAAGGGCAUAGACAUAAAGAUCGAGAACGACCCGACGGUGGAAAACCCUCACGAGACAUACUACCAGACCACCGCGCCGGCCAGCGACAUCGACGUCUUCUUCUACGGGCUCGGGGACGACAACAGCGCCAUUGCGCGCAUCGUCCAGCUGGAGGCCGAGCUGCGAGUGAACCAGCGCAUCGCACCAGGCUCGGGGCUGACUCUGCGGUCCGAGAACGCCGUGACGUUUAUCUCGCCGAGGUGGCCGUACCGACACGUCCAGGUCAUCCUUCGGCUGUACAGGUCCGUCAGCGAGAUCCUGACGGGGUUCGAUGUCGACUGCGCGUGCGUCGCCUUUGACGGAACGAACGUCUACUCGAAUCCGCGGGGCGUCACGGCCAUCGCCACGCGCACCAACACCAUCGACCUGACCCGCCGAAGCCCGUCAUACGAGAACCGGCUGUACAAGUACCGCAACCACAACUUCGACGUGUUCUGGGAUGGGCUGGAGCGCGAGCGCAUUGAUGAGCAGUUCUUCCGCGACUUCGCCGCGGACUAUCGGAAACUCUCGAGGCUCACCGGCCUCGCCCGCCUGAUCUUCUCCGAGGCCGUUCUGGGCAGGGGCGCCCAGGAGUGGUACCGCUGGAGGCGGCUGAUGCGGCGGCUCGACAGCGGUGGCGAGCCCGCGCUCGCGGCCCCGAGCGGCUACGCCACCCUCGAUAUCCCGUAUGGGCGGCUAUUCACUGCCAAGAGCGUGUGCAAGUACGUCUCCAAACGCGCCAAGGAGCCGUACCUGUUUGGCUCCAUCGAGAAGGUGACCUCGUGGGGCGCGAAGCCGAGCAAGAAGAUGAAGGGGAAGCUGGCCGGGAAGGUGACUUUUAUCAGGGACAACCCGGGCAGGCAGAUGAUUGGCAGCUUUUAUCCGCUGACGGAUGAUGACUGGACGAACAUGGCAUAUGAGCCGCCAUCUGAUGUGAGUGAGAACGAGGACGAGUGA